GAAAAACUUUAGUGUUUUACUUUUGAAUUGAAUCAUUCAUUUCCCCCAUGGCUCGGUUCUCCUGUUAUCAUCACCCUUCUUUAGUCACGUUCUGGACUUUCAUUCUAAUCGUUUUUCUUAAAGGGCCUAUGGCUGCCACCUUUACAUUUGUCAACAAAUGCGAUUACACCGUAUGGCCUGGAGUUCUAGCUAAUCCGGGGAGUCUAAAACUGGAAAGUACAGGCUUUGAACUUACUAAAGGCGGCUCUCGUUCCUUCGAAGCUCCUACUGGUUGGGCCGGUCGCUUCUGGGGCAGAACAGGCUGCAGUUUCGAUGACUCUGGCCGUGGUUCAUGCACUACAGGCGACUGCGGCUCUGGUGAAGUCGAAUGCAAUGGAGCUGGCGCCAUCCCCCCAGCCACCUUAGCUGAGUUUACACUUGGUUCGGGAUCGCAAGACUUCUAUGAUGUGAGCCUGGUUGAUGGUUAUAAUUUGCCUAUGAUUGUUGAAGGAAAUGGAGGGUCAGGAGAGUGUGCCACUACCGGUUGCCUGACCGAUUUGAAUAAAAAGUGCCCGUCCGAGCUGAAAAUCGAUGGCGGUGAUGCCUGCAAGAGUGCAUGUGAUGCUUUCGGCAACCCGGAGUAUUGUUGUAGCGGUGCCUACAAUACUCCGGCAGCUUGUAAACCGUCCAUGUAUUCACUGGUGUUCAAGUCAGCUUGCCCCAAAUCCUAUAGCUAUGCCUUUGAUGAUGCCACCAGCACUUUCACAUGCUCUGGGGCUGAUUAUACCAUCACUUUCUGUCCCAAUGCUCCCCGUUUGCAAUCUUCAAACGAUCCUUCUCCAAAUACAACAGGAUCAACCGAUGGGUUGGAAUCAGACCCGGAACCGGAACCGUACCCUAUGCAGGCAUCUGCAAUGGACAGUGAAUGGCUAGCGAAUUUGGCUACCGGAGACUCCACCAAGACCAAACCAUUUUCCCUUGCCCAAUUUGGUUUUGUUGUGACCAUUUUUGUGAUCAUCUCUCUGUUCUUGUAGUCUCAAUUUCCCAAUUCAACUUGAAUAGAGAAAAUAAAAACAAAAACAAAAUCCAGAUUGUAAAA